CGGCUCGCUCGUACCCGAAAAAAAUGGUAUUUUAAAGACUGGAAAACGACGGCGCGGUCUUCGAACCGUAAAAGCCUAUGACUCUGCUUCUGCUUCGCUGGAGACGGAUUCUGAUUCACUGUUUAUAACACGAAGGAUUUUAGAGCAGCUGGGCGAUUUGUUUUCUUGAUCUCAGAGGGCAGAGAAAAGCCAAGUGCCCGCCAUUAUUUCCAUGGCGGAACGAACGAGUAGAGCAUGUUACUGUUUUAUAACUCGUUGUUCAGUCUCUGUUCUGCCAGGUUCAGCGUGAAAUGUGGUUACGGUACAUUCUUUUUGAUUUAGAAUGUCGUUUUAUGAAGCGUGGUCUGGUUUCUGUAGAAUGGAGAAAUAGUUAAGUCCAAAGUUUGGAUUAUUUUUUUUCUUCUGUGGGAAGAAGCAAGAUGGGUUGUGCAACUUCCAGAGUGAAGAAUGAGGAAAUAGUGGCGAGAUGUAAAGCGCGCAGGAGGUAUAUGAAAGAGGCGGUGAGUUCAAGACACCAGUUUGCGGCUGCUCAUGGGUGUUAUUUGCAGGCUCUGAGAAAUACUGGAGCGGCGCUGAGACAAUUCGCUGAGGGAGAGGCCAUAGAUAUUGGCGGCGCCGCCACUCGCCAGCAAUCUCUCCACCAUUACGCCGCCUCUACUGCUAACAGUUAUUCUACUCAGACGUGCCUUACUCUGCCCUCGCCGCCGCCUCCGCCGCCCGAAAUGAGUCCCUAUCGAGCAACUCCUAGUUAUGCAACAACUCCGCCGCCACCUCCGCCCGAUGAGUCCCCCUAUGCUGGCGGCGCCGUCACUUCGCCCCACCACUGGAGCACCUCGUCUCAGCAUUCCAACGCUGCCCCGCCGCCUCCACCGCCGCCUCCUCUACAAGCCUCGGCUUGGGACUUUUGGGAUCCCUUUCUUCCUGUCUCACCAAGGCGAUCCAUUGCCAUGGAAGAGCAGCAGAGGAAGCAGACGGAAUGGGCGGCGGCGGCGGCAGCGGCGGCGGCGGAUCAGGCGCAGCACCAUGCUCAGCAGAAUGUGAAAGUGCAGGAAUGGGAGGACACCACCACCAUUACUACUCUUACUACUGCUACUGAGAUGGAAUAUGAACGUGAAAGAGGGCAUUAUCAUGGGGUUCAUGAAAAUGCUAUUGAUAACACUUCCAUGGUGAGCAGCUGGUAUACUAAGGAUGACUCUGAUAUGGCCAUGGUUGUGUCCAGGAUGAUGCCUAAGGAUAUUGCAGCGGUUGUGAGAGAUCUGGAUGAGUAUUUUCUCAAGGCUUCUACUGCUGGUAAAGAGGUUUCGGGCCUGCUGGAGACUAGCAAGGCCCAUUUUCAGACCAGCAUUGGCGAACCCACAAAGAACUUUGAGCAUCCUACAAAACUAUUCAGUGCGCUAAAUUGGAGCUGGCCUUCUAAAUCACCACAUGUGGCGAGGAGAGACAGUGUUGAUUUGAAUAAUGAUGAUUGUGGUAGACAAGGGAGCCAUUGUUCUACGCUGGAAAGACUCUAUGCAUGGGAGAAAAAGCUGUAUGAGGAAGUCAGGCUAGGUGAAUCUACAAAAAUAGAACAUGAUAAGAAAGUGGCAUUGUUGAGGAAGCUGGAAAUAAAGGGGGAAGAUGAAUUAAAGAUUGAGAAGACUAAAGCAGAUGUAAAGCGUUUGCAAUCUCAGAUAAUGGUUGCAUUCCAAGCUGUAGAUACAACUUCUGCAGCAAUCCUGAAACUAAGAGAAAACGAACUGUAUCCCCAACUUGUGGAGCUAUCUAAAGGGUUGAUGCAUAUGUGGAGGACUAUGUAUGAAUGUCAUCAGGUCCAAGAUCACAUUGUCCAACAGGUAAAGCAUUUGGACAACCCUGCAAGCACGGAACCCACAAGUGAUUAUCAUCGUCAUGCAACUAUUCAAUUGGAAGCACAGGUGACUGCAUGGUAUGACAGCUUUUGUAGGUUGGUAAAGAGCCACAGAGAUUAUAUGCGUGCUAUUAAUGGAUGGCUAAGGCUCAGUCUCAACCAGUUCAAGAAUGAAUUUGAAGGGAUAAUGGAAAAUCACCAGCUUUUAUAUGCUUUAUGUGAAGAGUGGCAGCUGGCUUUAGAGAGGUUGCCAGAUCAAUCAGUUUAUGGGGGCAUAAGAAGUUUUAUGACAGUUGUCCAUGGCAUAGUAGUACAGCAAGAAGAAGAGUUAAAGCAAGGGAAAAAAUCAGAGAGCCUUUCAAAAGAGCUAGAGAAGAAAUUGAUAUCACUGCGCAAUCUGGAGAGCAAAUACUAUAAUCCAUAUGGUACACCAGAUGGGAGAGGGACGGAUUCUUUGGUACUUAAAAAGGCAAAAAUAGAGGCUUUGAAAAGGAGAGUUGAAGAGGAAAAGUCCAAGCAUUUGAAGUCCAUCAGAGUUAGCAGGGAGAUGACCUUGAAUAAUCUGCAGACAGGCCUUCCAAGUGUAUUUCAAGCCAUGACUGGUUUCUCUAGUGUUUGCAUGCAGGCCUUUGAAACUGUUUACAAUCAGGCCAAGAAUUUUAACCCUAAUCCCUGCAUCAAAAGGCUGACUUAGUUGAUUCAUGAUAGGAGAAGCAAACCGUUCAGCAGUUUCCUGUCAAGAAACUACUGAAUUUUUGAUCGAUAGAGGUAAUAGGUAAUUUUGGUCUGCUUUUUUAUGAGUAGGAUGUCUUAAAUAUGUUAGAGAAACAUGAAAGCAUACUAAUGGGCUUGUACAUAGUGCUUGUUGUUUAGGCCUUAAAAACAUGUGCAGUUAGUAUUCUUGGUGAUAUAAUAGGCGUGUUUCUUUUCCCACAUCAAUUUCAUCGUUUCAAGGUUCA